GGUCCCGCUAAUUUCGGAUAGGAGUCAAAAAUUAAGGUCCCGCUAAUUCCGUUUUUAAGUCAAAACAGGAAAUUCAUUCAUUCAAAUUCCCUCAAAAAAAUUCCCUAAUCUUCAAAUACUGUAACAAAGUUGAGCCAUAUCUCUGAUUAUUCGAGUGAAUGAUCAACCAUGGAAGAAGAAAGAGUGAAUAAUCCAGCCGAUAAACUGCUGCCGGAAUUAUGGAUGGAAAUCUUCUCAAAACUUCCGGCAAAAACCCUGCUAAAAUCAAGGUCUGUUUCCAAAUUUUGGCGUUCUUUAAUCGAUAACCCUGGUUUCAUUUCUAUGCAUAUCACCCAUUUCAAGAACAAUUCCAGCAAACAUUUCGUUUUAUCCUAUGAAACCCGGAAUACAAUGUGGAUUUUAAAUGAAUUGGAAUUGAAUAUUAGGGUUCGAACAAUGGGUAAAUUUAGAAAACGUGAAGAAAUUUUGGAAACAAUCUUUUUAUCAUCUGAGUAUCAUAUUGAUUAUAAGGGUUAUGUUGAUGGGUUGAUUUUAUUUGGUCAAUUAAUUGGGGAUAAAUAUGAUUUGUUCUUGUUUAAUCCUUCAAUUAGGAAGCGUAUGUUGUUACCCCAGAUACCCUUUUGUCCUGGUGGUCGUGCUGAUACUGUUAUUGGGUUCGAUCCUGUUAUUAAUGAUUAUAAGGUUGUUAUGAUUUUCUUUCCUUUCGUGUUGUCGGAACUUGAGGGGCCGGCUUCGAUUCUAGUUUACGAGCUUGGCACAGGAUGUUGGAGGGUUAAUGUUGGUGUUGAGGUUCCAAUUAUGUGGUAUUUUGGAGAUAAAGUGUUAGCUAGAGGGGUUAUGCAUUGGAUAUCAUUUAGUCUUGAUGAGCGUCCUUUGCGUACGAAUUAUACCCAUAUUGUUUCCUUUGAUUUUGGUAGUGAGACGUUUAGCUACACUGAGUUGCCUGGUGAUCGAUGGGAUGAUAAGGAUAAAUUCACUUGGCCUUUCCUUCUAGGUGAUCAAUUUGCUGUCUUGGAUGUUGCUCGUGCGAGUGCUUGCAUAUGGGUGAUGAAGAACUGUGGGGGGAGUAGGAUGGAAGCGUGGAGUAAAUGGUAUCACACUACAGAUUCAGACACCUAUAAGUUUUUUCUGGAGCACAAAGCUGUAAAAAAUUUGAUAUAUAUCGAGAGUAUCCACAAGUUUCUGUUGGAGGUGGAUGGAGUAGUGAAAUCUUAUGACUUGGAGAGCCAUAAGAUGAAGAAUCUUGAGGUCACUGAUUGUCGCUAUGUUAUGGAUCCUUAUGUGGAGAGUUUAUUGCUGUGCAAAGGAUUGAAUGAUCAGUUUUCAACAAAAAUAAUGGAGUACGGUGGUUUUGGCUGAGCAGCAGGGGAAAAAUUGGGAAUUAACAGCUUAUGAUUAGGUGCCGAUGAAGCUAAUAUCUGUUGCAAUUUGACCAUCUGUUUGGUUAUCAAAGCCUACUAGGCAGAAGUUUUUCACCGCCAAUCAACAGCAGAUUGAAUUUUGGUAAUUUAAUCUGCAUCAGACUUCCUCUUUUAGUACUAUGAUCACAGUAAAAUAAUUGAUGUUUUUAACUGCUUUUCAUCUUGCCUAAGUAAUUCGUUUUAUGAGCCAGACUCCUCUAGAUCCUGGUACUGUUCCUUUUGGUAUUCUGCAGCAAUUUAAGUGAUGAGUCUAAUUACUUGCGACUUUACGAGUAAUGUUCUAAAUUUUUACUACUCCGUGUCUCCGUAUAGUAUAUACCUACAUUCUGAACU